AUGCUACCUGGUUUGCAAUACAAUAUCGAUGAUUUGUUUCAAGAAGCUAAGAAAAGAUGGCUCAAGCCUAUAGAAGUGUUUUACAUUUUGCAGAAUCACGAUGCGUGCAAGUUCACCGAAGUUCCUGUUAACCAGCCACGCGAUGGAUCGGUGCAUCUGUUUAAUAAAAGAGUCAUGCGUUUCUUUCGGAAAGAUGGUCAUAAUUGGCGGAAGAAAAAAGAUGGAAGAACUGUGGCAGAAGGACAUGAACGGCUUAAGGUUGGAAAUGUUGAAGCCCUAAACUGUUACUAUGCACAUGGAGCAGAGAACCGUAGUUUCCGGAGGCGAAGUUAUUGGAUGUUGAACCCGGAAUAUGAACAUGUUGUUCUUGUGCAUUACAGAGAAACAAAUGAGGGGACACCCAAUUCUAGUCCUGUCACACAAUUGUCAACAUUUAGUCACAGUCAUAGGUCAUAUACUCCUCAAAACCCUGAGACAACAUCAAUAGCAGAUGCACAAGCUUUGCGCCAGUUGGAGGAACAGUUAAGUUUGAACGGGGACAACUUCAAAGAAACUUGUCCCUUUUAUAGUGAGCAUGCAAUACCAUGUGGAAUUUCUGGUGCCUUCUCUGGACCAGAUGAUCAUAAACAACUACACGAGGGAUAUAAUGGAGCAAAAGAUGGAAGUGGUAAUCAUUAUCAUGAAUUACUUGACCAUGAUUGCCCUGGUGGGCAAGAACAAACCUUAUCUUGGACAGAGAUGCUGGAAACAUGCAAGUUCUCAUCAGUGAGGAAGUUACCAGAACAACAUACAUUUGAGGCAUCUGAAAAUGAAAAGUUACUAUCUUCCUCAGCAAGAGAAAUGAUUGCCAACCAGGAAAUCAAUUAUCCGCUAAACCUCAACAGUAAUAAUGAUGAGAACUCUGUCUUUGCAUUUCCUCAAGAUGUUGGCGGAGUAAAAUUUUUUCCAUAUUCUUCGGUCGAAACUCAAGGAACUACUUCAGACUACUAUGAAAGACUGUUUGACCAAUGCCAAAUUCAGGAACCUCGAGAUCCAUAUGCAUGCUUGACUAUUGAACAGAAACAGAAAUUUAGAAUCACAGCUGUCUCCCCAGAAUAUUGUUAUGCCACUGAGGCAACAAAGGUGCUCAUUAUUGGAUCCUUUCUCUGCCCUCCCUCGGAUUCUACCUGGGGUUGUAUGUUUGGUGAUGUUGAAGUUCCUGCUGAAAUGGUACAGGAUGGCGUAAUGUGUUGUGAGGCGCCAUCCAAUCUUCUUGGAAAGGUUACUCUGUGCAUUACUUCAGGAAAUAAAGAACCAUGCAGUGAAAUCAAAGAGUUUGAGUUUCGUAGUAAGACCAAUAGUUGCACUCAUUGUAAUAUUUUGGAAACAGAAGCUGCCAGAAGUCCAGAAGAGCUGUUAUUACUUGUUCAAUUUGCAGAAAUGCUCCUUUCUGCUUCUACUAUGAGGGAUGACAGCACAGAAUCUGGAAGUCUUCUUUCAACAGAACAGAAAGUAGAUGAUCAUUCUUGGGGCCAUAUUAGAGAUGCCAUCCUAGUUGGCAAUGGAACAUCAUCCGGUACUAUUGAUUGGCUUCUUCAAGAGCUGCUGAAGGAUAAACUGCAGCACUGGCUUUCUUGCAGAUCCAAUGAACGAAAUGAAAGGGAAGGCUGUUCUUUGUCCAGGAAAGAGCAAGGGAUUAUACACAUGGUUUCUGGAUUGGGUUUCGAGUGGGCCCUAAACCCCAUUCUCAGUUAUGGCGUGGUUGUUAAUUUCCGUGACAUCAACGGUUGGACUGCCCUUCAUUGGGCUGCACGAUUUGGAAGGGAAAAAAUGGCUGCUUCGCUUAUCGCUGCCGGUGCAUCUGCUGGAGCAGUGACAGAUCCAAGUUCACAAGAUCCAAAUGGUCUAACUGCUGCAUCUAUUGCGACCAGCAAAGGACACAAGGGACUGGCAGGUUAUCUUGCAGAGGCAGAUCUAACAUGUCAUCUGUCAUCCCUCACAGUGGAAAAGUGUGAAGUUUCUAAAGAUUCUUCUGAGCUUGAAGCUGAGUUAACUGUCAGCAAUCUGUCUAAUAAAUAUCUUGAAGCCAGUGAUGAUGAGGUUUCACUAAAAAAAACCUUGGGUGCUGUCAGAAAUGCAGCUCAGGCUGCUGCACUGAUACAGGCUGCUUUUCGUGCACUUUCUUUCAGAAAACGGAAAGAGGAAGAAAGUGCACGUGAUUACAGAAAUGCAACUCGGGCAGCUGCAAGGAUACAGACUGCUUUUCGUGCUCAUUCUUUCAGAAAAAGCAGAGAGGGAGGAUGUGCUUGUGAUUACACUUCAGCUGCCUUAUCAAUUCAGAAGAAAUAUCGAGGUCGGAAAGCUCGCAGGGAGUUCUUAGUUUUGCGCCAUAAAGUUGUUAAGUUACAGGCUCAUGUGCGCGGUUACCAGGCUCGGAAGCAAUACAAGGUAAUGAUAUGGGCAGUUGGAAUCUUUGACAAGAUUGUGCUAAGAUGGCGGAGAAAACUAGCUGGUUUGCGAAGAUCUCCAGAGGAAAUAGAUUCGAAAGAAGAAAAUGAUGAAGAUUUUCUAAAGGUGUUCAGGCAAGUGAAAGUACAUGAAUCAAUUAAAAAGGCUUUGGCGCGGGUGCAUUCUAUGGUCCCAUCUCCACGCGCUCGUCAGCAAUAUAAUCGCUUGCUUCAGAUGCAUGAUCAAGUCAAGGCUGAAUAUGGCAAUACACAUGAUGAAACUCUGUCAUCAACUUCUGUAGAGGGUUCUUGGAUUAUUAAAGAUGAUGACUUAUAUCAAUUUCCUUUGGAAACUCAGUUAUCAACUUCUAUAGAGGGUCCUUGGAUUCUAGAAGAUAAUGAUUUAUAUCAAUAUCCUUUGGAAACUCCGUUAUCAACUUCUGUAGAAGGUCCGUGGAUUAUUGAAGAUGAUGGUUUAUAUCAAUUUCCUUGGGAAACGCUCUAG